AAACAUAAAUAUGCUUAUUAAAUUUAGUCACUUCUGAGGUCAAACGUUUACAGUCAUCUACAAAUUUCAAGUUUUUUCUUUAUUUUUUUACGAAAUCGCCAUGUCUUUGCGAGUGCCCGAAGUGGACAUGUGGAAUGUGUCGCAAAGUUGCCAGAAAACACGCGAAUCGCUUUUUGGACUCGUUAUCAAAACACCCAAGCUGUCUUUUGUUAACUAUCAGGAUCUAUAUAGGGUGGACACGUUCUACUUGGAGUGUCAGAAGUACAGAGACCAGUACCGGGAUCCCUAUGACAAAUUGCUACGACCAAAGGGCUUCACGUGUGAGGGAAGACGCGCUGUCAAGACUGAUUUGUUGGACAUGCCAAUCUCCUGGCAUCAGGAGAGUAAGCCACUGUUGUAUCCCAUUGAAUAUGGCACAAAAAUGUCUUUGGGCAAGGGUUACCAAAUGGUGGGACGCAACAGCAAAUACAACGCCACGUCCUUCGUGCGAUGAAGCAGCCGACACAUACACACAAACUACUGUGUGAAAACACGCAGGCAAUUGGUGGAGUCAAAGGAUAACGACGAAGAUGUAAUCAAAAUUGUAACUGUUUGAAUAUAGCCAAAUUAAGUGUUUGC